AUGGCUGGUGAUACCUGCCCACAAACGACGGAACCAACUCUGUCUUUUACCCAGGGUCUUAUUGUAGGCCAGCUGUCAGUUGUCCUGGUCCUGGCCGCCUUCAUAAAAUUCUUCAUCUUCGGAGAUCCUCCUUCGCCAGACGUCACAGCUUCCCUACGAGCUACCGAGAGGCGGUCACGGACUCUUGCUCACAAACGCUCCUUGCUGAGUCUACGAAGCCCCGCAAACCGUCAAGAAAGGGAGCUCAACCGCAAGAAGUCUACCGUUCUUAGAAACCCCCCGGCACUCACUAUUGGAUCUAUCCUCAGCAAGACAUACUACAAUGUCGACAGUCAUCAGCCCGAGAGUCUGGACUGGUUUAACGUUCUCAUCGGACAAACAAUUGCGCAGUUUCGCAGUGAUGCACAGCAUGAUGAUGCUAUUCUUGAUUCCUUGAGUAAAGCUCUGAAUGGAGGAUCGAGGCCGGAUUUUGUCGACGAGAUCAGGGUUACGGAGUUGAGUCUUGGUGAAGACUUCCCAAUUCUGAGUAACUGCCGGAUCAUUCCCGUUGAUGAAGAUGGAGUGAGCCUCGGCCACGGAAAGAAGUUUGACCCCGACAAGGCAGCGAGAGAUGGCACUCGACUACAAGCGCGGAUGGACGUUGAUCUCAGUGACAUGCUAACUUUGGCCGUGGAGACGAAACUUCUUCUCAACUACCCGAAGAAGCUAUCGGCUGUCUUACCUGUUGCAUUGGCUGUUUCCGUGGUCAGGUUCAGUGGUACUCUUUCAAUCUCAUUUAUUCCCAGCAACCCGUCUCAGUCGACACCCACGAGGAUGAUCUUCAACUUCUUGGACGAUUAUAGAUUGGAUUUCUCCAUUCGAAGUCUUCUGGGCAGUCGCUCUAGACUGCAAGAUGUUCCUAAGAUUGCCCAGCUUGUCGAGUCCAGACUCCACCGUUGGUUUGACGAGCGAGCUGUUGAGCCCCGAUUCCAAGAAAUUGCUCUCCCAAGUCUAUGGCCGAGAAAGAAGAACACGAGAGGUCCGGAUGACGGCCUGGCCGAGGGAAGCGUACCCAUCGGCCGGUCGAAGAGUAAGGAUGUUAGCCGGGAUCCUCAGGAAGAGGCGCGUGGUGACGCAGAGAUUAGGGAUCGAGGAACAAUUCGGCAACGGCGAGGCACGAGGGGUAGUGACAGCGACUUCUCAAUGCCCGGCUCUCUUCCAGGCUUCCAAAUGGCCGGUUCAUAG